UGAUAGCCGAGUCGCAAAACUUUGGAAUGAAAAAAUAUCUCGCGAGGGACUUCGCAAAUCUCUUUGGAACCCCGCCAUAUACUCGGGAUUUAUCCUCAUUAAAAAUAACAUCUAAUAAGCGUCCGUUAAAUAAUAAGGAAAUUCAACAGUACACUAAUGAUAUAUCCGUAAUGUGUGCGUUUAAUAUGACUCCUUCGGAGUUAAGUGUAGAAGUUGGUGGGGAACUUGCAAACGAACUAUUCUCUAUACGUGAUACCAAUCCUGAAGUGUGGACAUCAGAUUUAGAAAAGUAUAUUGAUAACGUCCUUAAUAAUAAUGGAAAUCAAUAUGAAAUUGCGGUUCAAAAAUUCCAGAUGAAUCCUUUCAUCUAUACUGUAAGAAGGUACUUCUUGACUUUUAUUUUUAGUGAUCGAGGUCCUUUGUGUUAUGCGCGUUCUGCGGAAAUAACGAAAUCUGGGACAAACUCGGGUAUCGUUAAAGUAGAUUCCAAAGUGAUGCGACAAAAAUUCUUUAAAUGGAUGUAUUCGAUCUGGUUAAUGUGUUGCGAGAGCAUCUUAAUUGUGAUAUUAAGCUUGCAACUAAAACUAAAAUAUUUUGCAUCCAGAAUGGCUCUUUAUUCUCUAAACAUGUUACCCGGUACCUUUCAACAGAACUUAUUGUUGCCUCUAUUCCUUUUGGUUUUUCCGGUCGGCGUCAAUAUAAGAGUAUUCUCUGAAUGA